GCGAUUUGCCUACCUAUCCUUCACCAUGCUGGCUAGCUACUGCUCAUGCCACUCGCAAUCACCGGCAGCCCGCCUUACCUUGCAUUUACCCGCCCUGCCUGCCACACCUGCGAGCACAUCUACGACCCCACCACGGAUCGCCCUGAUGACGAUGGCGUCAUCCCCGCCUGUCCUGUGCCCGACUCUUGCCCGGCCGACGCCGUGAUGACGGCCGUCGGCAUCCCCGACCUGGCCCGCAGCAAGUGCAAGCCCAACACCAGCUGCCUGCAGAAGCCGCCCGAGAGCCACUACUCCACCUUCCCCCUGGCCACCUUCCCCCGGCCACCGCCAACAUGCUGUACUCCCUGGGCUACCACGCCAACCAACCCGCCGGUGCCAGGAAACGCCUGCUACACGAUGAUUCCCACACCGUCGUCAACGACUAUCUGUGCAUCAACCGCAUCGCCAUCGAUGUUUAUGCGGCCUGCCCCACCUGCAAAUAGUUCAACACCUUCAAGUGGUUUAAGCCCAUCAAGUUGCGUCGCCUGGGCCUUUCCCUCCCUGCGCGACUACUCGACCCUCACCGCCGACCCUCUGACCCCCUACUCGGGCCUGAGCGAGCCCAAACGGCAACACGCGGAGCGCCCGGGGCGGCUACGUACUUCCGCAUUGCGCCCAACCAGGACGGCAGCCGGCCAGCCGAACACCACCGCCACCUACUGCUUCAACGUGUGCGCCGGCUGCGCCGCGAACUCCCUGGGCCAGACCAGCGUCAUGGCCUUCUACUCGCCUGGCGCCGGCGCCAAGGUGACCUCCUCAAUCGGUGCUGCAGGUCUACCAGUCAGUCCUGUGUGGCGCCGCCCUUGCUCCACCCCGGCCAGUUCCAGCGCUUCGUCCUGUACAUACUCCACCCCCGCCGCGCCUACGACCUACGCCGACACCUGGGGCGUCCAGCAGGUGUACCAGGGCGACAUCAAGAACGGCAAGGCACCCAUCGCCAAGGUGCCCAUCGGCCCCACCGCCAACAACCCCAACGGCGUGCACCUGGCCGUGCAAAUGAACGUCAACGGCGGAUUUUGCGACGCUGAUGUGCCCUACAACAACUGGCCCGAGCCCACAGCCGCCGUCUAGAGUUGCGUCCAGACAGCUUGCUACGUUGCCAGUUAGUUGUGAUGGUGCCAGUCUGCCGUGAGUAUGAUGGCGAGUGUGUGCUGGCAGGUGCGUGUGAUAUGCUGCGUCUGAACAAGUUGCAAUCGGCAGAUAGCUGUGUUGUGGUGGUCAGUCACGCGUUGAAAGAUGCCACGUGAUGACACGAAGCAGGCCUAAGCAGGCAGGGUCACUGCCAGCUUCAAUAAAGACAAAUAUCCGCAUCUGACAAGCUGGUUGAGAGGCAGGCAGCUUGCUCCUGUUGAAUUCCUAGUACAAGCAAGCAAGAGCAGAGGGUGGUGAGAAGCAAAGUCCCGAGUGUGAUGGCUGUGAUCUCGGCCCACAAAGGCAGCUUGCGCCGGCACCACUCGGAGCGGGCGUCUGGGUCAGCAGCCUGGCCGUACGCUCCGGCACGCAUACACGCGGGUGAACACACGCCCCGUCAGUCCCUUAUACCUUUGGCUUUACCCCGUGCUUGUCUCCCAUCCAUGUCUCCAUGUACACCUUGGCCUCCCAUAUGCACGAGGAUGUGCGCCCGCUGACCUAUGGUCACACAAUGCCGGAACGGACUCGUCUUGCCGAC